AUGCAUUGCCCUGAACUAAAGCCUUCGGCUCAUGGCUCCAUGAGCUGCUCUGGUCCUUCUGGAAACUCUGCCUGGAAUUCAACCUGCAAGUUUGCAUGUGAAGAAGGAUUCAAACUGAAUGGAUCCAGUGAACUCCAAUGUGAUGAUUCUGGACACUGGGAUGCAUCACAGCCAGAAUGUGAAGCAAUAAAAUGUGUAGCAGUGCAGCCUCCUGAAAUGGGAAUUGCCAAACAUUCUUCCAAUGACACAAAUCCAAGUUUCAAGUCAGUCUAUGAAUUUAGCUGUAUGAAGGGUUACACGUUGAAAGGAUCGUCCCACAUUCAUUGUUCAUCAAAUGGUGAAUGGUCUGAUCCAGUUCCUAAAUGUGAAGUUGUGGAAUGUCAUGCACUACAGAAGCCUGCACAUGGUUUAUUCAACUGCUCCAACCCUUCUGGAAAUUAUGCCUGGAAUUCAUCUUGCAAUUUUUCUUGCAAAGAAGGUUUCGUUUUGAAAGGCCCCAGUAUACUCCAGUGUGGUGCAUCUGGGGAAUGGGAUGGACAGGAGCCUACAUGCGAAGUGGUGGAAUGUCAAGCAGUACCUCAAUCAGAAGGAAGCCUUAUGAAUUGUUCCCAUAAUGCUACAGAACUGAAGUAUAAAUCAACCUGUGAUUUUGCUUGUGCAAAGGGUUACACUUUAAGAGGAUCACCCCAGAUUCAGUGCUUAUCAGAUGGACACUGGAGUCAGCCAAUUCCUGUUUGUGAAGCCAUGCAUUGCCCUGAACUAAAGCCUUCGGCUCAUGGCUCCAUGAGCUGCUCUGGUCCUUCUGGAAACUCUGCCUGGAAUUCAACCUGCAAGUUUGCAUGUGAAGAAGGAUUCAAACUGAAUGGAUCCAGUGAACUCCAAUGUGAUGAUUCUGGACACUGGGAUGCAUCACAGCCAGAAUGUGAAG